AUGAAAGGCCAUGUGGAUAUGUUGGAAUACUUGGUCCAAGCGAGACCUAAUGCAGCCCAUAGUGUUGUCGAACAUGGCCAGAUAAUCCUGCAUUUAUGCGUGAUGCAUAAUAGACUAGAAGCUUUGAAACUUUUGAUAGUUAUCUUGGGCGAUGAUCAGUUCAUCAACUUGAGGGACAGAUAUGACUACAUGAUUUUGCAUUUGGCUACUGCAAAUAGAGAAACCAAGACCAUGCUCUUCUCGACUAAUAAAGGAGUUAAACCAAACAUUAAGAACUCCAGAGGUUUCACAGCAUUCGCCGAAAGUGAGGAAAAAAAGAGAAAAACAUAUAACAGCUUCAUUGCAUCGCUUAGUAUCCUUGUGCUUUUCAUAAGUGGUCUUCCUCCAAAGCGGCAUUGGAUCACCACGAGGAUUGUAAUGCUGAUUAUGUGGGUUGCGAUAAGCUUCGCAAUGGCAACUUAUGCCAUCUUUGUAUUUGUCUUCACACCAGCAAGCGAACUGAAAACUUUCAUUGGUGCAAUUGGACUUGUGGUGCUAACAUGGGUUGGGUUGAUGGCUCUUCUUUUUUGUGUCGCUUCGUUUAAUCCUGAAAUUGGUAUGCAAGGUUCUGGAAUUCGUCCACAAAGCCUCGACAGAACGCAGGCCAGAGGAUCAUACGGUUUAGUGGCUGUAUAUAGCUGCAAAUGUGUUUGUUACAGAAGAAGCACCCUGAGACCUAAGGCCAUAAAAGAGGAGAUGCUAUACAGUGCAUGCUUUGUUCAGUGUGCCGAUUAG